CAAUGGUAAUCUCGCUGCUCCCAUUCUUCCUCCCAUUGAGAAGAUACAUGAGAUGCAAGUCAAUGGUGAAAGCGGAUGCCCGGCAGACAAGACCACGGAUUCGACCAACGGCCAACAGUCAUGCCGCAGCGGUAAGACGGAGAGCUUCAGUCUAUGGGUCAGUUAGCCGUGCAUCGUGGACCUCGGGUUGAUAAUGACCAGUCUGCGUUCACAGCACCUAUAUUCUUCCGCAAACUAUUCCGAUGAAAGCCCUGCUGCCCCCGUUCAGCAUGAGCUGCGAAUAGUGAACACAACGGAGAGCUCAGACUCAGACGCCUCUUCGCCUACUUUGUGCCGCGCCGAACUCGCUCCCAGCAUUAUGGAGGAGGACGUCGAAGAGUACCACCUGCUAUCGACUCUUCCGAAGGAGACUCGGAGGACUUGGACGAAGCUGAUGAUCGCGGACAUUUGCCAAAGGCUGGAGAGGCUCGAGAAUAUCCUCCGCACUUAUAAUGCAGUUCUCGACCCAAGCUGCGAUUCACCAUGCUCGACCAUGGCGUCCACAUCAGACACUUUCGCGUCCUCCAUCAGAGAUGACUACGAAGAUGAUGCUGAGGAGCUUGCUGCCUGUCUCGAGGCCCUGAAGGAUAUGACGAAACGCGUACAUCAUUCCCGCGAACAGUCCAAAAAGGCAUUGGAGGAGCGGAAGAAGGAAAGGGAGGCAAUUUUAUCGCGCUGCUUGUGAGGAGAGGUAACGACUAGAGCGGGAGUCCAGGGCGAAGGGCUCGAAGCAGAAUGUGCAUCGAACAGUCAUUUUCAUCUACAUUGUCCUGCGUUUAUG